UUGUUUUCUUUUCCCAAAGUCCUCAAAUUUUCGUUCGUUCGUUCGUCUACAAAAUUCGCGAAAAAAUAACGUGCCGAAUUACUUUGUUCUCUCUCCUUUUCGUUCCCCCCCGAUCUCGCGACUUCAGAGCUUGCUCGCUCAAAUCGACCAUGGCGUCUUCUAGCUCUCCAAUAAACCGACAACCGAACGAAUCAGAUCUCGACGAAGAAGAGGACGAUCAGAAUCCUAACGAGCUUGAGUGCUUCGAUGAUUUCACUGUUGCAUCUUCAUGGGAAAGGUUAAUUUCGGAUGUAGAGGCUGUUUGUCGGCAGUGGAUGGCUGAUGGUCCAAUUAAUUUAAAGGAGAAAGGUGCAGAAUUUUUGGAUUCUAGAAGGAAUUUGUACAAGGUUAAACGUGAAUUGAAAUAUAGCAUGAAGUUAUAUUGCAUGGAGUACUACUUUGAGGUUUUCAAAGAUGAUAAAACUGAACCAUGGGAUGAUGAUUUACACAAAAUACAACUAUCCUUUGGAGUGUCUCAGUUUCUGGUUAUUGCCCCGCUGAGUGCUAGUGGUGUUGUCCUUGAUGCACCCGAAUCAAGCAAGCUUUUAAGCGCCGUUGCAACCGCUUUAUCGAACUGUGGAAGUAAUUGGCCUGCUUUUGUUCCAGUCCAUGAUCCGUCUAGAAAAGCAUAUAUCGGGAUUCAGAAUAUGGGAACAACUUUCACUAGAAGGUUUGAUUCUGAUAGAAUUGGCAGCCAAGUUCCCGUGAGGCUCAUGCAUAUGGAGGGACUGUAUGAAUUAUUUGUCUCCAAAUUUGCCUUGUCCUCAAUAGAUUUCUCAACUACCUUCAUUGAAGUUCACUGCACAAUGAAGCUGACAUAUAGAACACCUCCAUAUGAUGAGGAUGACGAUGGUGAUGGAGAGAACUUAGAAACUGAAGAUAAAGAAUCAAAAGGAGAUACAGAUGGGAUUAAUCAUAUCGUGUCACAGUGGGAUGAUGAUUACCCUUGGGCAGAGUGGUACUCUGCGGAGGAUCCAGUUAAAGGUUUUGAAUUGACUGCCAUCUGGCCAAGUAAGAUUUUUGAAGGUUCCCUUGAGAUGGCUGAGUUAGAGAAUGCUUCCUCAUUUGAUGCGGAGAAGUGGCUAAUUUAUCUUAUUGUAUCUCCGAAUAUGAUUGAUGAUUCAUUGGGUAAGUUGACUGGGUUUGCCUCCCAACUAUAUCUUCUAGUAGGUGCGCUAGACAAGUCAUUUGAGGCCCUUUUUUUGGAAGAUUUCACAUCAGCUGAAAAUAUGGGUUCUGAUAAUUCAAAGUCUACGUCUUCAGUACCUCCUCCUACUGCUGUUGAUCGCAUCCUAAAGGAGCUCUUUCAUGAAGGAGGUCAAAGUUCAAACUAUGUUCAGCUUGAACAUAAAAAGUCCCGGGUUAUCAAAGGAGCGCCUCUGGAUUCUCUGUUUGCACAGUUCUGUUUACAUGCAAUGUGGUUUGGCAAUUGCAAUAUACGAGCAAUAGCAACACUCUGGAUUGAGUUUGUUCGAGAGGUUCGUUGGUGCUGGGAAGAGUCACAGCCAUUACCCAGAAUGUCAACUGACUCCAGCAUCGAUCUUUCCACCUGUCUUGUUCAUCAAAAGCUGCAAAUGCUUGCAAUAUGCAUUCAGAAGAAGGGCUUGUUAGAUAACUUCCACAGUAGCAACAAAAGCAAAGGACAAAUUUCUGAUGAGAAUAAGUCUGACUUCCAGAAUGCAGGCAAUCACUGUCACGAUCCAGUACAUGAACAUUCUCCGGAUGAUAAGAAUUGCAGUUAUUUGAUACCAAAUGGCCACGAUGGCACAGAAAAUGCAACUGUUAGUGUGAAUCCUAGUCAUGGAAUAGCAUCUGAUGAGCAACGAAAUGUGAAUACGUCAAGGAGGGGAUCGGCUCGUAUUCUAGAAUCUUCUACACUUCUGCAUUCAUUUCAGAAGAUGCAUGCUCCAUAUACCCAGGAAGCACCACCUAUGACAGAAGAUAUGCAUGAAGAAAGGCUCCGUGCAGUCGAAGCUUUUGGUGAUGCAUUUAGCGUCUCAGGUCAGCUGGAAAGAGAUAUCUUAUCCUCUGACAUGUCUGCAUUUAAAGCUGCGAAUCCAGAUGCACUUUUUGAAGAUUUUAUUCGAUGGCAUUCACCAACUGACUGGGAAAAUGAUGAAACUGGAGAUAGAUUAAGAGAUGACAAGAUGGAAGGAGAUAACAGUUGGCCUCCACGUGGAAGACUAUCACAGCGCAUGUCCGAACAAGGAAAUUCAUGGCGGAAGAUCUGGAAUGAUUCUCCAGCAUUGCCAGUCUCGGAGCAAAAGCCUCUCUUUGAUCCAAUCCGGGAAGGGGAGAAGAUACUCCAUUAUUUGGAAACACUUAAACCACAGCAGCUGCUUGAGCAAAUGGUCACUACUGCUUUCAGAGCUUCAGCUGACACUUUAAACCAAACAGCAUUUGGUGAUUGGAAACUUAUGAAAACAAAACUUGACCAGCUAUACCUGACACUGGCAUCUACGUUGAAGUGUUUUCAAGGUAAUCAUUCGCUUGAAAAGUCUGAGUUGAUUGGAGACCUAUUCCAACUAUGUCGUGUUUUCGAACACAUAGAAAAGCUAUUGAUCCUUGCAGCUUCAGUGCGUCGUAAGCUGUUGGAUGCCCCACGUCUUUCUGAAGCAAUUUUCAAUGACUAUUUCAAUUAUUAUCUUCCUAAAAUGGGGACCAGUUCUGCAAGCAUUUGCUAUGAUAAGGAGUUCAACACCAAGCAACUAGUUAAGUUGCGUGAGAGAGAUGCUGUAGCGAGUCUUUUUCCACCUCCAACAGCUAACCAAUCAUGGAGGAAAGUCUUGAGCAUGGGUAACCUUCUUAAUGGUCACGAACCAGCCUUGAGGGAGAUUAUAUUCUCAGUCUAUGAUACUCUUAGUGACAAUCAUUACGGAAGUAGCAAUUCAUCAGAUAUCACCGGAGAUAUUGAGACGCAUAGAAUGUAUAUAUGUGGCACAUCUAAUGAUCUUCAGGUUGCUCUAUCUGUGACAUCUUGGGAUUAGUCACACUAGAGGAAUCUCAUCUGUUCUAUCUCUGAAAGUGGUGCUCUCGUUAGCCAUUAGCUUUCUAGAUGCCAUGGUUAUUUCUGAGAAUGUGAAGUUCCCCUGGGGACUUUAUUGGAGUUUCCAUCGUGAUCAACACAUAUACGUAAGUGAUAGUUGCCAUGGUUGAGAUUACACGAGAGCUGAUGAUUGUUUCUGUCGCCGUUCCUGCACACAAUCCCGAUAUAUAUUGUAUCAUAUCUCAAUUUAAUGGCCAGAAAAGGGCCGGGUUUUUUUCGCUCUUUCAUAUGUAUCAAGUCAUUACGGUGGCCGGAUGGCGGGUUAAGAAGAGCAAGGAAGAGCACUAUUGAGGGAUUAAAGUUUAAAAGGGUGAUACUUCAGAGACAUGCAUAUAUACUUAUUAUAGAAGAUGAUUCUCUUUCUCAUUAUACGCAGAAGAUUCACAGUCUACAUGUAACUUCCGUUAACUUCGAAUUCAGUGGUUGGGUUGAGAUUUCUCUUCAUUGAAGGCGUAUUUAACAUUUUUUUACAUCAUUAGAUCUCGAAGGAUAAAUUCGGAGAGAGAUCUGAUUCAAACAUUUGAUAUUUGGUUCAACACCUGCUCAGAGCCGUGGGCAUGCGCAGCUGAUUGUAAAAUUAACCGUUAUAGUUCGUAUCAUGUUUAAUCAAAGCUGAAGCUCCCUCACGAUCUUUUGUGAAUUGUUCUUCAUUUUACUGCUUCCGUUAUUUCAUGUUUUACUCUGUAAAAGCUCCUAAAAGAUGGAAAUUAGUAAGUCA